AUGGCGUUGCUUGUCCGGCCACACUGGACCUAAUUCAUACUAUGCUGAGCGUUCUCCAGUAUUUUCCGCUAAUAAAUAAGUAGACACAAUGGCGACUCUGGACCAGAAAUCUCCAAAUGUCCUGCUUCAAAGUCUGUGCUGCAGGAUCACCGGGAAAAGCGAAGCUGAAGUUGCCCACCAGUUCCAAUAUGCCGUGCGUGUCAUCGGCAGUAACUACGCUCCCACUAUUGAACGAGAUGAGUUCCUGGUGUCUGAGAAGAUCAAGAAAGAAUUGUUGAAGCAACGGAGAGAAGCAGACGCUGCUCUGUUCUCAGAACUGCAUCGAAAACUUCAAACACAGGGCGUCCUGAAGCAUCGUUGGUCCGUCCUAUACCUGCUGCUGAGCUUGUCCGAAGACCCCCGCAAACCAUCCAGCAGGGUUGGCAAUUAUGGGGUGCUGUUUGCUCAGGCCCUGCCCAGGGAUGCCCACUCCACUCCGUUCUUCUGCACUCGUCCCCAGAGUCUUGCACUGGGCUACGCUGAGAGGACGGCUGGUCUCACCGCAAGCAUAGGCACCAGCGGCAUCUCCAGCCUGGGGGUCUACUCAUUGAAUGGACCCACGCCAACUCCACAGUCCCUUCUUGCAGGGCAGCCUCUUCAGUCUGCUGCUGCACCGGCUGCGGGGUCUCGGCUGGCCUGGGCUCUACCAGUCAAUUCCUCGCCGUCCACCGGUCUGGGACCUCCCUCCACCCGACCAACACUUGGACCUGCAGCUCCCAGUAGCAGAGCACUACGUCCUCAGCGGGAUGGUGAUGCUGUGGGUGAAGUGAGCGAAGCGGCGCUGGUGCGGGACAUUCUUUUUGUCUUCCAGGGAAUCGAUGGAAAGUUCAUCAAAAUGAGUGCACAGGAGAAUUGCUACAAAGUGGACAGCAAGGUGGUGCUGUGUAAAUCCCUGAGGGACACGAGUAGCAGGCUGGCUGAACUCGGCUGGCUCCACAACAAAGUCAGGAAGUACACUGAUGCCAGAAGCCUGGAUCGAGCCUUUGGUCUGGUUGGUCAGAGCUUUUGCGCGUCACUGCAUCAGGAGUUGAAGGAAUACUACAGGCUCCUCUCAGUCCUGCACUCUCAGAUCCAGGUAGAGGAUGACCAGGGUGUGAAUGUCUGCGUAGAGAGCAGUCUGACCCUGAAGAGGCUUCUGGUUUGGAUUUACGACCCCAAAGUUCGACUAAAGACUCUGGCUGCCCUGGUUGACUUCUGCCAAGGUCAGAAGGGCGGCGAGCUGGCCUCAGCCGUCCAUGCCUAUGGUAAAACAGGCGACCCACAGAUGAGAGCGCUGGUGCAACACAUCCUCAGCCUGGUGUCUCAUCCCAUCCUCAACUUCCUCUACCGCUGGAUCUAUGACGGAGAGCUGGAGGACACCUACCAUGAGUUCUUUGUAGCAUCAGAUCCCAAUGUUAAGACUGAUCGACUUUGGCACGACAAAUACUCUCUCAGGAAGUCCAUGAUCCCGUCGUUCAUCACAAUGGACCAAGCUCGCAAGGUUCUGCUGAUUGGAAAAUCCAUCAACUUCCUGCAUCAGGUUUGUCACGACCGGACGCCGCCAGGCAAAAUCACACCGGUGUCCAAGUCUGUUGACACACCUAAAGAUGCGGCUGAGCUUCUGUUGGACUUGGAAGGUGCCUUCCAGGAGAAGAUUGACGCAGCCUACUUUGACACCAGCAAAUAUCUCCUGGAUGUUCUGAACCACAACUAUCUGCUACUAGAACACCUCCAGGCCAUGAGGAGAUACUUGCUGCUUGGCCAGGGGGACUUCAUCCGACAUCUCAUGGACCUGCUGAAACCAGAGCUGGCCAGACCUGCUACCACACUGUACCAGCACAACCUGACCGGGAUCUUGGAGACGGCAGUGAGAGCCACUAACGCUCAGUAUGACAACGCCGAGAUCCUGAAGAGGCUGGAUGUGCGUCUGCUUGAGGUGUCCCCCGGUGAUACUGGCUGGGAUGUCUUCAGCCUGGACUACCAUGUGGAUGGACCUAUUGCCACGGUGUUCACCAGGGAGUGCAUGGGUCACUACUUGCGGGUGUUUAACUUCUUGUGGCGGGCCAAGAGGAUGGAGUACACGCUGACCGACAUCUGGAAGGGCCAGAUGUGUAAUGCAAAGUUACUGAAGACCAUGCCAGAGCUGUCUGGCGUCCUGCACCAGUGUCACAUCCUCGCGUCCGAGAUGGUUCACUUCAUCCACCAAAUGCAGUACUACAUCACAUUUGAGGUUCUGGAAUGUUCCUGGGAUGAGUUGUGGAACAAAGUCCAGCAAGCUCAGGACCUGGACCACAUCAUUGCUGCUCAUGAAGUCUUCCUGGAUACCAUCAUCUCCAGAUGUUUGCUGGACAACAACAGCAGGUCUCUUCUCAACCAGCUGAGGGCGAUAUUCGACCAGAUCAUUGAGUUCCAGAGCGCUCAGGAUUCCUUGUACCGCUCGGCCCUGGAGGAGCUGGCGCUGCGCCUGCAGUUUGAGGAGAAGAAGAAGCAGAGAGCGGAGGAGGGUCAGUGGGGCGUAACCAGCGAGCAGGAAGCAGAGGAGGCCAAACGGGUUCAGGAUUUCCAGGAGACGAUACCAAAGAUGCGCUCGCAGCUUCGCAUCCUCACACACUUCUACCAGAGUAUCGUCCAGCAGUUCCUGGUGCUGCUGAUGACCAGCACAGACGAGAGCCUUCGCUUCCUCAGCUUCAGACUGGACUUCAACGAACACUACAGGGCCCGGGAGCCGAGGCUGCGAGCAUCACUGGGCGCCACAAGAGGGCGACGACUAUCAAACGUCUUAUAGUGAUGGACCGUCACUGAAGCGGUGACGUCACUGGCAGAACAACCAGCAGACUGAAAACCACUUUCUGUCCAAACCAUGCUGCUCUGCGCUAGGAAGUGAUGACAUCAUGACCUGCUGAGACAGUAACAAACUGUUCAUCCAGCGCUCAAGUUUCUGGGAGGGAGGUCAUGCCUUAACAGGGAGGUGGCAAAAUGUUGUCCUCACUUAUGUACAAACGCUGACCGUGACGUCCACAUCUUCUCUCUGGGAUUCGACUGAAACACAGCUUCAGAUUUUAUCUCUCCACAUGACACAGUAGAGCAUUGGACUCAUUGAAUCUGUCCCAGUAACGGACUUCUGCCCAGCGUGGACCGUAUCCUCCGGCCGAUCGUCCUGGUCACCUCAUGUUUACAGCAGUGGAACGUGAGCGGUCGAGACUUUCAGGGCUUUCCCGUCUUUGUUUUGCUGUCUAGUCACAAUCAGAGUUGUUUUUAUUGACAUGUUUCAAUAAGGUGCUUUUUAACAAACAACACAAGCAAAGAGACCACCUCUCCUCUCGACUUCAUAGUUUAAUGUUUCAGGUACACAUUACUUGCAAGGACGUCGACGUGCUGUUGCCGGGAGAGUUGAGCUCAAAUUGCAGGAGUCGGUGAAGUCUGCCUCCUGUGGGUGUAAGAUGAGAACAGCCACUGUGUAAAACAUAUUAACAAAUGGAAUAAAAAUGAUGGGUUUUUUUUACGGCUAAUAUGAUUGACUUUCCAGGGUUUUCAUCUCUCAGAUGUAAAUACAGUUGUUUUGACCCAGUGUCUGUUUUAAUGUGGCCCUCUGUUUUGUAGUGGAGCAGGAAAAAAAAUCUUUACUGUCAUCCACCAAACUCUGGACAAUUUUGACCUGAAAACAUCUAACAACUAAAUUACUUGCAGGUAGAUAUUUGAAUAACUUUCAUGCUAAUGAUAAUUUAAUGUUUUACGGAGAAUAUGCGCUCAAAUUUAAGUUGUUUAAAAAUGGCAAAAGGAUCUGCUCACUUGGGUUUUGCGUUUAAACCUUCACAUUUUUAUCAAGCUUACAAUUCUGCAGGAAUCUGAGUUGCUCGCUAGAGGGAGCUACUGUUCUAAAUAUGUCCUUAUGGCGCUUGAAAUACUUGUUCAAAAUGUGUUAAAGUUUAAUCCUGUAUAAUACACUUCGUUUAGGUGGAGUUCCAUUUUUUUAACUUUCACGUUUACUCGUCAUGAAAAGCCUUUUUUUGUUCCUUUUCUUCUUUGCUGCCAAAUACAUUUUCAGCUAGUUUCUGUCAUUAUUUUCUAUAAAUAAUCCUUGUUCUUUUCAUCUGGUAUCAACAUGUAAACAACCGACCAACGUCGGUGUCCCGCGUGGCCACUU